GGUCCGGGGGUAGCCGCCUCCUCCGCAGCCAGCCCGCACCUCGAAACCCGGACCCGCCUCCACCUCUUCCACCAGCCGUUCCAUCCCGCCUCCAGCUACCCCCGCCGCCGCGCCCCCGGUGGCUGCCUCGGCGGAGCGGGGAGGGGGCCCGCCGCGUCCGCUGUCCGCCCGGUUCGGCCCAGCCCGGCCAGGGAGGUGUGCAUGCCCCGGCUGCCCGCUGCGCUCACCAGCAGCAUGCUCUAUUUCCAGAUGGUGAUUAUGGCUGGGACGGUGAUGCUGGCGUAUUACUUCGAGUACACGGACACGUUCACCGUCAACGUGCAAGGUUUCUUCUGUCACGACAGCGCCUACCGCAAGCCCUACCCAGGCCCGGAGGACAGCAGCGCCGUGCCCCCCGUUCUCCUCUAUUCGCUGGCCGCUGGGGUUCCAGUGCUCGUGAUAAUAGUUGGAGAAACUGCUGUAUUUUGCCUACAACUAGCUACAAGAGAUUUUGAAAACCAAGAAAAAACUAUUUUAACUGGAGACUGUUGCUAUAUAAAUCCACUGGUGCGCCGAACUGUCCGAUUUCUUGGGAUUUAUACUUUUGGACUGUUUGCUACAGAUAUCUUUGUAAAUGCUGGACAAGUAGUUACAGGAAAUCUGGCUCCACAUUUUCUUGCCCUGUGUAAACCCAACUAUACCGCACUUGGAUGUCAGCAGUAUACACAGUUCAUCAGUGGUGAAGAGGCCUGUACUGGAAACCCAGAUCUCAUCAUGAGAGCAAGGAAAACUUUCCCAUCCAAAGAAGCAGCUCUCAGCAUCUAUGCAGCUAUGUAUCUGGCAAUGUAUAUUACCAACACAAUCAAAACCAAAGGAACAAGACUUGCUAAGCCAGUUCUGUGUUUGGGCUUAAUGUGUUUGGCCUUUCUUACUGGACUCAACAGAGUAGCAGAAUAUCGAAAUCAUUGGUCAGAUGUGAUAGCAGGAUUUCUGGUUGGGAUAUCUAUAGCAGUAUUUCUGGUUGUGUGUGUGGUAAAUAAUUUCAAAGGAAGACAACCAGAAAAUGAGCAUAUACACAUGGAUAAGCUAGCACACAUGCCAAUGAUCAGCAUUCCUCGAGUAGAAAGUCCUUUGGAAAAGGUAACAUCUGUACAGAACCACAUCACCGCCUUUGCGGAGGUCACAUGAUAUUGAAGCAGAUGGUCUUUCACUGCAUUGGACAUCAUCCCUUUUCACAAUUCAUUCGUAGCACCCAAAGUUUGUUUGAUCACAAAAGAAGUUUUUAGAGUCAUCUAAUAAUUUUUAUAAUUUUACAAUCAGUGUCAACCUGUUCCCCCACUAGACUGUGAGCUCCUCAAGGGCAGGACUUUUUUUUUUUUUUUUUUUCUCUGUACUCCCAGUACCUACAAUGCCUAGCACAAAGUAGGUGUUCAAUAAAAAGUUAUUAUCCAGAUGAGCAAAUUUAUUAUUAAAUACAACAUUCACUUUAGUUUCUCACAGUAUCAUUAUGAUUAUGUUAAAAGAGACCUUUGGAGAGUCAUCUGUAUAAGAAAACCCUCUAUUGGAGGCAAGUUAACCUUUUGACUUUUUCAUUUAUCUGUUCAACAGUAUGCCAUAUUUAAUUUGAAGUGGAUUUUGAAAGUCAUGGGGGGUUUAUUUUUAUUAUUCAGCAUGACAUUAUUUCCAUUCUAACAGACUUCAGUGUGUGAAAUUACUUUUAGAAAGUAUGUUCUAUACUAAAAUAAUAUUUGCACAUUAUAUUAUGCUAUAUUUCACUUAUAAUAUCAUUCAUACUAUACAUUCUAAGACUGGUGCUUCCGCUUUUGAGGGGGAAAAUGCCAAUUUUUACUGUAAUAAGUAAUGUAUCAAUUAAAAAUUAUUUAUU